CCGCGGACCGAAGCAGAGCGAUGGCGAAUCCCCGAGUUUACAUGGACGUGUCAGUAGGGAAGAAAGCACUGGGCCGUAUCGUUAUGGAGCUGAGAGCUGAUGUUGUCCCAAAGACGGCAGAAAACUUCCGUGCGUUAUGCACAGGUGAGAAGGGAUUUGGUUACAAAGGAUCAACGUUCCACAGAAUCAUUCCUGAAUUCAUGUGUCAGGGUGGUGACUUCACAGCAAAUAAUGGCACUGGAGGCAAGUCCAUCUACGGGGAAACAUUUGAUGAUGAGAAUUUUGAACUGAAGCACGAGGGGAAAGGCAUUUUGUCCAUGGCCAAUUCUGGGAAAAAUACAAAUGGUUCCCAGUUCUUCAUUUCCACAGCCAAAACUAAAUGGUUGAAUGACAAACAUGUUGUGUUUGGUUCUGUGGUGGAAGGCAUGAAGAUUGUUUCCAAGAUGGAGUGCUAUGGCAGUGAAGAUGGUGUACCAACAAAGACCAUUACCAUCACUGACUGCGGACAGUUGUCCUAAAAUGUUUGUGACUGGGAUCACACA